ACGUCACGCUCUCAAUAAUAUCGACUAAUCGAACGUUGCCAUUUGGCCGCGAGAUUCGUGGUCGACAUGAUUGAUGGAUAGAUCGAUUGUUACCGCGUUGGAAGUUGAGACGGUGGUGGGAAGUGGCAGCUUGACGUGACGGAUUUUCAGGAACGUCCGGUGUUCGAAUUUAUUUGACCGCGUUGUGCUGAUCGCAUUUGGGCUUUCGUUAUGGCGUAACGAGAUCACACGAGGAUGAACAGAAUCACGAGGCCUGUGGGCCCCUGUAGGGGCGGCUUGUACGUCGUCGAGGGCGAAGUAUGUCUCCUGGGGACGGCGAUGCGACGUGGUGCCCGAUGGUCGUCUCACCAGGAUGACAAUCAGGACAUUCUCAUGAAAGGCUUGAAUACCUUAAAGGAAGUGUUAAAUGAACAUAGAGAUCUAUCACAGUUGGAGCCUGCAGUUUUUCUCACUCCUUUUCUGGAAAUUAUAAGAUCUGAAGAAACUACAGGACCUGUGACUAGCUUAGCACUGUCUGCUGUUAAUAAGAUAAUUUCUUAUGGUCUCGUUGAUCCUAAUCAUCCUACUAUAGCAUCUUGCGUAGAAGCGAUUGCUGAUGCAGUUACACAUGCGAGGUUUGUAGGUGCUGAUGCUUCUGGUGAUGGAGUGGUCCUCAUGCGAGUUCUGCAAGUUCUGACAGCCCUCAUGCUCUCAUCUGCUGGCGAUUAUCUUUCUAAUGAAAGUGUAUGCGAAAUUAUGCUGAGUUGCUUUAGGAUAUGUUUUGAAACACGUCUCAGUGAAAUACUUAGAAAAACCGCAGAACAUUGCCUGAGAGAUAUGGUUCAACAUUUAUUCACCAGGUUACCUCAAUUUGUCGACGAUAUCAGAGCUUUGCCGAACAUAAAAAAAAUGAGAGCAAACAAUAUGGAAAAUACUCGCAGCAAGAGUAGAAAAUACAAAAGUUAUAUGAAACAAAAGUCCAAAUCUACCACGGAUGACAUUGACGAGAAAGAACCACAUAUUUCAAGUUCAGUUGACAAAAUACGAGCUAGUCACUUGGCUACCACUCCCGUCUCACCAGUUGGUAAUAUCGUUGAUAUGCAGGGAUCAUUGAAUCAUGGAAGUAUUGACAAAAACGAGGAUGAUAAGAAUGAGAAUAAAAUUAUUACCAAAGAUACUGCUAAAAUUAUUAACAAAGAUACUGCUGAAAAUGAACAAAGUUCAUUUAACAACUGUAAAGUAGUGGAUAAUCAGGAGGCUAAUAAGAAGCAGGAGAUUGAUAAAGAUGUAAGCAACAGAGAUAUUAAGAACGAGACAGAAACAGUUGAAGCGAACAAUGCUGAAAAUGUCGAUGUGGAGAAUAAAAUCGCAGUCUCGGCAGAAAAUAAGAGCAUAGAGAAAGAAGAUACAGCUGAUCAGAAGAAUACAGAUGAAUCCGAAUCUUCCAUUAAGCAAUCUGUCUCAGAAAGUCAAAGCGACGAGGAGAAAAGCAUCGAUUUGGUUCAAUCUCCGAUUGAUAGCGUGGAAGAUUUAUCGAUAGACGAGAAUGUGUCCAAGACAUCUAAAGUGAAGGAAUCUGAGCAAAUCGAGGAAUAUGUGAAUAGUCAAGGAAUACGAUUUAUUCCAUUACAACAGCGGGCAUCGUACGGCGCGUUAUGCGUUCGUGAACUAUUCAGAUUUCUUAUUUCUCUAUGUAGUCCUCUCGACAAGCAAAACAAUGAAAUUAUGACCCACUUGGGUCUUAGCUUAUUACAAGUGGCAUUGGAGAUCGCCGCCGACGCUCUUUCUAACUUUUCAUCUUUACUUGCGCUUGUGAAGGAUGAUUUGUGUAGAAAUCUAAUCUUGCUACUUGGAACAGACAGAUUGUCAAUUCUCGCUGUAGAUCUUCAAGUAUCAUUCCUGCUAUUUGAAUCGCAAAGAGAACAUUUAAAAUUUCAACUGGAACAUUAUUUAAUUAAAUUAAUGGAAAUAGUUGUUUCCGAAUCUAAUAGGAUAUCAUACGAGCAACGGGAAUUAGCCCUUGAAGCUAUAGUAAGAUUGUGGAGAAUACCCGGUUUACCCGCUGAGUUAUAUUUAAAUUACGAUUGUGGGCUUUACUGCACGAAUUUGUACGAAGAACUUAUGAAAAUGUUUUCUAAGGUAUCUCUCCUUAGUAAAUCGCUUAAUUCUCUCGUUAGUGCUUGUUCGGUGAAUUCUAAUAACGAAGAUAUAUCUAUAUUUCUAUUGGAGUUACUGCUAAAAGUAACCAUACAAAAUCGCGAUAGAGUAACAUGUAUCUGGCCGGUAGUCCAAGAUCAUUUGGAUCGUCUGUUAACGGUAGCUGCGCGUGAGAAUCAUCCUUACUUGCUUGAGAGAGUAGCUGUGGGUACGCUGAGAUUGGCUAUCAUAUUUUUACGCAGAGAGGAAUUUGCGUGUCUGUCUUCUCUAUUAUCUCUGACCCAUUUGCCGUCUGCGACAACCGCACCGUUAGCUCGACAAAUCGCCUAUGGUCUAUUUGAGUUGCUGAAAAUGGGCGUCGCUAAUAUUCACAGCGCCGAAGUUUGGAAGGUAAUAUUCAGCCUUCUGAAGUGCGCUGGUGCAGGCGCAUUGGCGUCUAGACGGUCCAACAUGGUCUUGGAGACGGCGAACGCUUGGGCAUCAGUUCUGGACCCUAGAUCUAUUAGUCUCGUACCGGAAUGGAUAUUAGUGUCGCCAACUAGUACAGAAGCGCCGCUUCCGGUAGCCGCUGACACAAUAGUGUUGGCGUGUGAUUUGCAACCGCACGAUUCGGCGGCGUUCGUUAAAUGCUGCGAAAGCCUAAAUCUCCUGGUGCUUGAUAUGGCGCAUGUUACACCCUUUAAUUUUGAUCUAUGCGUUAACUGCAUGAGAACGUUCGCCGAAGCGGUGCUGCACGCGGAAAAACGAAAUAGAGUAUGCAGUUCUACGGAGGAGUCGGUCGGCCAUCAAGAGAGCUUCAAGCAGCUGUUGGAAGUAAUGAAGACGCUGCAUACAAAAAUCGCAUGGAUAUUCCGAUGGUGGGCAGACGAAGGUAGCAUUGGUGAUGGUAUAUCCCCGUGGUCGCGAGCUUGGCGACCGCUACUGCAAACUAUCGCACGACUUUGCUGCGAUAUUCGCAAAGAGGUACGCAUAGCGGCAAUCUCAUAUCUCGAUAAAAUCUUGGAGUCUGAUUUGGCACAGCUGACCGUAAUAGAGUGGUCGCAAUGUCUAAAGGAAGUAUUAUUUCCACUGUUGGCGCAAUUACUGGGUCCGAUUGCAGCCAACGAUCCUAUCGGCGUUGAGGAAACGAGAGUCAUGGCCGCGAAGCUGGUUUCCAAAACUUUUCUUGAUCAUCUAACUCCUCUUCUGACUCUACCCGAUUUUCUGCCAUUAUGGUUAACGGUACUGAAGUUUCUACGGAUGUACAUGCAUGCCGACAACAGCAAGAAGUUAUUUAAAGCGAUCCCCGAGUCGCUAAAGGAUAUGUUGCUGGUGAUGUCGUCGAUCAACGUUCUAGUGCCGAGCUCCAAUCUUUGGGCGCCCACGUGGAGGGCAAUAGACGCGUUUCUGCCGAAUCUGAGAACGGGACUCUUCCCAGAACUGCCCGUUGCUGUUCUGUCGCCGCCGCAGCAAUCACUGCAGUCGCAAGUUAUUAGUUUGGUCAGCCAACAGCAAUCACCAUCUUUUCCGGGAUUUAUAGCGCCACAACCAGAAGGUAUUUCUGUUUCGGCUGACGUUGAAAACUACAAUGAGAACAAUGCAGAUGCGAAGACGCAGUCUGUGAAUAUUCUUAAUCCUGCGCAAUCCGCCGGAAUUCCAAUUUCGUUCCCGACAUUGAUGUACAAUACCGAGGGUAAGGAGAUGCAACAAAUGAUUACUCUAAUUGGUCAACCAGUGCCCAGUCCGGUCGCGGUGCAACCAACAGCUCAGACUUUCUUUGAUAUUUGCUACUCAGUGAAUUCCUUAACCGGCGAAAAAACACUCGAACGACAGCAGCAUCAACAGGAACAUCAGCAGCAACAACAACAACAGCAGCAACAACAACAACAACAACAACAACAACAAUCUAUGCUAACAAGUGAGAAAGAACAUAAUAAAUUGAUAAAAAAUACCGUGCAAAAUGUUGGUUUGGCGGAUGAAAAGCGUGAUUUGAUUCUUGCGAUGAAAAAAUAUGAGGAAUGGAAACAACAGGAACAGCAACAACUGUUGAUGCAACAACAGUAUACGCAACCUAUGCAAUCAUACGUACAGACAAUGCAAUAUCAACAUCCAAUGACGGAAAAUUCCCCAUACCGCGUGGGUCCGUCAAAGACGAAGACAAUAGAUUUUGUUAGGACGACGAUGUUUAAUUCCGCGACGUAUUUUAGCGAGGAUUCGGUGGAUCUUCUCUUCGUCGUCAGAUCUAAUCUUUGACCAUUGUAUAUUUCUUGUAUAUAAAUUGUAUUAUAUAAAAUUUGUACAAUGCGUGAUUAUAUUCUGUGCAGAACAUCGAGAAAAUGAAGAGCAUGUUUAAUUUUUGUUUCUCAAUAUGCGUUUUAGUGUACUCACAUGAGAUACAUAUUAAAAAGCAGAAAUUGGAAAUACCAAAUGCAUUUUUUGCAUAAUGUAAUAAAGAUAUACCAUAAAGGAAAUAUAUUCUUGUAACAUUCUUAGAAUCUACAUGUAUUGUAGAAUUUUCAUAUACUUGCAUAACGUGUAACAUUUCUUGCAAUUUUAUGUUAUAAUUCAUAUUGUUUGGACAUUUACACAUCCUUUUAAAUGAUAUCUAAAUAAUUCUGUAGCAAAUGAAUGUAUGUAUAGUAUCAUAUACACUUACUGUUAUCUUAAUUUAGUAA